GACGUCAAAUUCAAGAUGGAUGGAAUCACGACCAGCGCGCAGAAAUCUACACAACACUGAAUAAAGUCCUGGCUGUGUGGAGGAAAGACCGUAUUCACGACGGGCAGGCCAUGGAGAGCCUAGUGCAUUACACCAACCCCUCGCACGCCCUCUCGGUGUUAGGGGUUCUCAAUGAACAGCGCCUGCGGGGCCAGAUGUGUGAUGUAGUGUUGAUUGUGGCAGAUCAGAGGUACCAGGCUCAUAAGAGUGUUCUGGCUGCUAGCAGUGAGUAUUUCCAGUCCCUGUUCACGCGGAGGGAUGCAGAGUCAUUGAAGGUUGUAAACCUGGACUUCUGUGAGCCUGACGCCUUCGAGAUAGUUCUGAAUUACAUUUACUCCACCUCACUCUUUGUAGACAAAGGCAGCCUGGCAGCCAUUCAAGAGUUGGGCUACAGCCUUGGAAUCCCUUUCCUCACCAACAUUGUGUCAACAAGGCCACAUGCAUCCUAUUGUGUGUCUGGAAAAAGACUUUCGUUCUCAGAGGGAGAGGAAAAUGAUAUCCAGACAAGGAGUGUUAUUGUGUGUCGGGUCCGGAAUGACACAACCCAUCCCUCUCGCUCAAAUUAUCAAAGAAAAACAUCAGAGAGAUCAUCAUCGCCACACUCUACUCGAGAGCCGGCUCAGCCACCAUCAGAACAUAACUCGUAUGAAUCAGUUAAAAACUCUGAAUCCGUCCACAAGAAAUCAUCUGAACAGGGUGAAGCUGCUGAAAGGAAGUUCACUUAUCCAUACACCUCUAUAUUGAAAGGGAAUUCAUCACACAUUACAUUCGUUAGACCCCAGCUGACUUCAUCAGUGUCUUUUAGUGAUGUUGAAGUGCAGCACAUCAGGCUGCCGUCUGGCCCUAACCUGAACAUUAAAGAGGAGAAUAAGGAGCAGGAGCCCCACUGUCACACCAAAGUGCCCUGUCAGGCCAGUGAGCCCAGCCAGACCAUUGACAGGAGCGGGCCACUCAUAAAAAGCCUACUCCGAAGAUCAUUAUCCAUGGACAGCCCGGUUCCAGUCUUCUCACCCACACUGGAGCUCAAGGAGCUGCAAAAUCGAGAACAGACAGUUGUUAAAAUGGCAUCAAAAGCAUCUGGAAUAGAAACUUCUGUUCACAAUGGCAAUUCAAAAAGAACAUCUCCUCUGGUUCUCAGGCCAAAGUACCCCAGCGGGUAUGCUGAAGAAACUCAGGAAGAAAGGGAGGUCAGUGUGAAGGUUGAACCCAGCAGUCCACUUGCUGACCCCAUGGACAUUGUUAGAAUCACAGUGGGAGAUGCCUUACCAGUCAGUCUUAAAGACUUGCAAACAAACUAUGACCAAGACUCCAGGCUUGACUUAAAUCCUUUGGGGAAAAGAAAGGACAGGCCAGACAACAGAAGGUACCCAUUCAAGAAAAGCAAAAUAUUUAAAGAACAUACCCUCUCACUUAUUGAGAACAUGCCAGAAACAGUACCUCAGAGUGCCAGCAAUGACUUGAACGAGAACAGUGGGGAACUGCCUCAGAACAAGAUUUUCAAAUGCUGGAACUGUUUAAAAGUUUUCAGGUCCAGUGCCGGUCUACAUCGCCAUGUAAAUAUGUAUCACAACCCAGAAAAGCCGUAUGCUUGCGACAUCUGCCACAAGCGCUUCCAUACCAACUUCAAAGUGUGGACACACUGCCAAACACAGCAUGGUGUAGUACAAAACCCAGCCUCAUCCUCCAGCUCCUCUGUACUGGAUGAGAAAUUUCAAAAGAAAUUAAUAGAUAUUGUGCGAGAGAGAGAAAUAAAGAAAGCAUUGCUUUGGAAGCUUAAGAGGAAUAAGCAGGGCUUGCAAUCUCCUGUGCUUACCAAGAAGAGGUCAAGGCCCAGCUUCAUAUGCCCUUACUGUGGCAAAGUAUUUGUGUUCCAGUCUCAGUACAGACAGCAUUUAAGGACACAUCCUGACACAGCAAGUGAGAGCAUCCUCUACCAGGAACAGGAUGAGAUCAUUCAACAGAAGAACACAGACACUGGUGUUUACUCCUGUAGACUCUGUAACAUGAAGCUGUCUUCACUCUUUGAACAGGGCGACCAUGAGAGGGGCUGUCGACAUGCAACUGUAUGCCCUUACUGUGGUCUCCGAUUCUCAAGUCCAACUGUCAAGAAGGACCAUGAGACACACUGUAAGUAUAAAAAACUGACAUGCCUGGAGUGUAUGCGGACCUUCAAAUCCUCCUUCAGCAUAUGGCGCCACCAGGUGGAGAUCCACAACCACAACAUGAUGACUGUUAGAGACCAUAUUCACCUGAAGCAACCAGAGAGCAAUGAAGAGGCAAUUGAAAUGCUCAGGGAGGAGCUUUACAGUAAUGAACCUCUAGCAACUGGGAGCUCAUCAGAGAACAUCAGUUAUAAUGACUCCUCAGGUCCACCAAUGUAUGAUUCAGAAGACUCCUCAUCCUGUGUGCCUGAGGACCUGAGUAUGGGUCACCAUGGCAAGCUGGUAGUGAAGGAAGAGCCUUUAGAGGAGGCUGUGAGUGAGAGGGAAAACACAGAGUCUGCCAAAACUGGCUCUGAUGAACCUGGUGUGUGGCCAUGCGAGAAAUGCGGAAAUCUUUUUAGCUCUCGCAAAGACCUGGAACGACACCAGGAGCUGCUGUGCCACAUCAAACCAUUCAUCUGUCACAUCUGCAACAAAGCCUUCAGGACCAAUUUCCGCCUUUGGAGCCACUUCCAAUCCCACAUGUCUACUGCUAAUGAACCUGGAGCCAAAGAGGUUGACAGACACCCCUCAUCGCUGUCUCCCUCCCCUCCCAUGACUCCGCAAAACUCUGAACGUCCAUCCCCGCAGGCCUCCGUGCUCAAGUCCACUCAGACGGUGCCAGUUGCUACAGUGAUGGCUGAGGAGUCUAGUUGCCCAGAACCCUCUAGCUCAUUAGUAAACAAGAUGCCCGAACUAGACAGGCAUCCCAGCAGCCACAGUCCCCUGUCACGGUCCAACAGCAUGGAGAAUCCAGGUGGCCCUCAGGAAUCAGACACACUCUUUUACCAUGCACCGUCUCUCUCUGCCCUGACGUUUAAGAGGCAGUACAUGUGUAAACUCUGUCACAGGACCUUCAAGACGGCCUUUAGUCUCUGGAGCCAUGAGCAGAGUCACAGUCAAAUGUAAGAAUCAGCCACAUUAUAGCAGCACAUUUCUCUUCAGAGACAAUGCUUAGAAUAAACACACCUCAGCCUACAAAAGGAAGACUUUGAAUGUAUAGCUUAUUGGCUUGCCUCCAAUGUCAUAUAUUAAAGUGGCCAUGUUCAUUAGAGGUGUAAAUGUGAAUGUGCAAUCAAGUGCUAGAUUCCUCUGUGAAAUGAGAUGAUUAAUGGUCUAUUUUCCUUUCAAAAUGAUAUAUGAGCAUAUAUCUAUUUUAGUUGUCUACUUGUAUUUAUCUAUAUACAGUAGGUGGUUUGAGAAAAUCAAGGUACAGAGUUACACCCCUCAGCGAACUAUUAAUAUCGAUUGUGAAAAAAGUGCUUUAAACGUGUGGAGGCUGCAGAUUUAAAGAUUAAUGCUUUUACUUUUGUAUCAAAUUUAUCUCUUGGUGUCCGAUAAUAUGGGUGACCUCAACAAUGUAUUCAAUAUGCACUUUGUUAAACAGGUUGAUGCCGGUAUAUGGAGAUGUAGCCCAGAACAUUCACUUGGAUCUUUUCGUCUCCAUAGUUGAGGUUUUAGGCUGCAGAAGUGAAAAUGAUAACUGGUUCCAAUAGUAUCUUUUGUAUUCCUCUAGCAUUCCUUUGACAUUUGUUCUCAUACACACAUUUGAGUUUCAUAUUGCCUUUUGAGUCAUUUUGUUUAGUGGGCUGACUGAAUAAAACUUUCAGUAUAAUCAGUAAAGUUAAAACAUACUGUACAUAGAACUAAAACACCUGUUGUUUUAGGUACUGCAUCUGAUUUCGCAGCCUUUCCUAACUGCUUAUAGCCUUCAUUCAGCACCUAUUGUUUAUCUUUCUAAUUCUUAGCCUAGUGAAUCAUUUUUAAGAGUAUAGAAACGAAUGAGUCUGUGCAGUCAUCGGUCAUAAGGAUUGAGAAAGUAUGUUCUUUUUCUCCACAGGUAAAUAGCCCUAACAUUCUAAAUGUUGCUGAAAAAAUGAUUUGUAAAAGGCCCUCAGAGGAGCUUAUUUGUAAAAUGUGGAGCAUUGCCAAUGAAUAUUCACAACAAGCAAACAAAAUACAUCGCAGCAUGAUAAUUUAUGGCUAUACCCAAAUAAUACAUGUGAAAAUUCUAAUAUGAAUUUGUGGAUAGUCUGACAAUUACUGAAUCUCUGAAUUCCAUCAGCCCAGUGCUGCAUCAGUGUUAUAUAAAUACUCAUAGAGAUUGUGCAGUGAAACACAUUUGGUAAUGAACCAAGCUUUACAGUGCUUCGAUGGCCUUAUGCAAUCUUCAAAAUACUUUGUCAAUAUUAUUUUACAUGAAAGCACAAUAGGGUUUCAGAUGACUCAAGCAUUUGGAGCUGGUAGUCAAGAAGACAGAUUGGCAUAGGAGAAAGCAAACAUUUUAUUCUUUGAAUGGUGAGAAUGUUCCUGCUUCCUAAAGAUUUAUUAUUGAAGCGUAUGUUUUGAUUGUAUUCCAGUUGUUUCACAAUUGUAUUCUUGUACCAGUAUAUACUUCUGCUUUGGCUUGAUGGAUUAGAAAUUUGUCAUAAAUUAUAUGUUUGCUACUAUUUGGGAGAUGUUAAAGUCAACAAGUGCUUCACACAAACGGGGAGUUUGUUUUCCACUAAAUGAGCAGCAAGAGCUACAAUGUGACGUUCUAUUCAUAGGAGAUAUUCUGUAUUGAUAAUAGUGCUCUUCAUUUCUUGUCUGAACACUUAUUGAAAGUUUCAUAGAGAUUAUUAGAAUUGUGUAAAUGGAGGUGUUUGUAUUCUCAAUUUUGUACCAAUUUUGUUAGUAAACAGAAGUUUUAUCUUUUUAGUAUUCUUGUGCUCUCGCUGCAAUCAUAAAUAUUUGUAUCAGCAUUGGUUGCAUUACUGCUUUUGGAGACUUGUGUUUAGGAUUUUUCUACAGUUUUUGUGCUUCAUUUCUGUAAUAAAGAGUAACAAUGAAGAAUACAUAUACAACCACUUGUGGUAUUUUAAUGAUUUAUUUGUAAGUGGUAAACUACUCUAUACAUUGCAUCUGGGUAUCUAGGUCUCACAGCAAAUUUAAAUCUUAAUUAAAUCAAAUGUAGCCAUUUUAGUGAAAUGUCCAUUACCUCUGUGAUCUUGUCUGUUACCCCUUUGUCUUCUUUAAACAUUGUCACACUAAGGCUUCUUCGUUAACUGUUUUGCUUCUAAAAUGUUAUAAAAUUGUAAAUAUUGCCUGAUACAACUUCCCUCAGUCCAAAUUGCCCAAUUGUUGAAAACCUUACUUUGACAAGGAAAAUGAUCAAAUCUUGACUUCUGACAAGCUGGAACCAGUGAAUGCUUGGCAUAUUUGCUUAAAGAAAUUACUAAAACAAUUAUUUCAAUAUUUAAGCAGUUGCUGA